AUAAAGACAACACUUUUUUAAAUGCACACUUUUAAUCCCUCCUGUGAUUAUUUAAAAAUAUUAAAUUUUGAUUCACUUCUCCACGGAAUCAUUACCUCAAACAUGUAACCCACGUUCUCUUCUUCUUUAUUUUUAAAUCUCCCUCAACAAGAAAUUUAUACAGUUUCUGUUUCUCUCUAAAUUUAUUCUCUUCACGAGCAACAUUCGCUAAUGUCGGUUGGUACACACCUUAAAAAACUUACAGCUUCUGCUCUGUUCAUUUAACCUUCAAAAUCCCUCCAAAAACCAAAAAAGGAACACUUUUUUUUGUUCCAUUUCUAUAUACAAUUCACAUAUGGUAUCUUCACAUUUAAUUCUUGGUUCUAUAAAUUGUCGUGUAGAUCUAACAAUAUGAGAAUCCAUUUUAUUACCAGCAAGAAGUUCAAAGCAAACAACUGAGUUUUAUGAAGAGAAAUCAAGAUCUGAAGCUUUACUGGGUUUAUCAAUAAGAAUUCAGCUUGGCUCCUUAGAAAAACAAGAAAUUCAUUUAGCUUAUUGAAGCAUAGCAGCCAUGGAUCUAGACUAUAAGAAGUGUCCAGAUUCUUCCAAGAAGGAAUCUUGGAAGACAGUGUUGCUUUUAGCUUAUCAAAGCCUUGGUGUGGUCUAUGGAGAUUUGGGAAUUUCUCCACUUUAUGUUUAUAAGAGCACCUUUGCAGAAGAUAUUCAACAUUCAGAGACAAAUGAAGAGAUAUUUGGUGUUUUAUCUUUUGUCUUCUGGACUCUUACGUUAGUCCCGUUGUUCAAGUAUGUCUUUGUUGUCCUUCGAGCUGAUGAUAAUGGAGAAGGUGGUACUUUUGCAUUAUACUCAUUGAUAUGCCGGCAUGUUAAAGUCAGCCUACUGCCCAACAGACAAGUUGCUGAUGAAGCACUGUCAACAUAUAAACUGGAGCACCCGCCAGAAACCAAAAACAGUUCAAAGGUCAAAGGGUACCUGGAGAAGAGUAAGUUCCUGCAUACUGCUCUGCUAAUCUUGGUUCUUCUUGGCACUUGUAUGGUGAUUGGAGAUGGACUGCUUACUCCAGCUAUUUCAGUUUUCUCUGCAGUAUCUGGUCUUGAGCUAUCGAUGUCUAAGCAACAUCACGAAUAUGCUGUAAUUCCAAUCACCUGCUUCAUUUUAGCGUGUCUCUUUGCGCUUCAACACUAUGGUACACAUCGAGUAGGGUUUUUCUUUGCACCAAUUGUUUUGAUGUGGCUAUUAUGCAUCAGUGCCCUUGGUAUCUAUAAUAUAAUCUACUGGAAUCCAAAUGUCUAUCAAGCACUUUCUCCAUAUUACAUGUUCAAGUUCUUGAAAAAGACCAGGAGAAGUGGAUGGAUGUCUUUGGGUGGAAUAUUGUUGUGCAUAACAGGCUCGGAGGCAAUGUUUGCUGAUCUUGGCCAUUUCUCUUACACUGCAAUUCAGAUUGCCUUUACCUUUCUGGUCUAUCCAGCACUAAUAUUGGCAUAUAUGGGACAAGCUGCUUACUUGUCACAGCAUCAUGAGAACCGUUACCAUAUUGGUUUCUAUGUUUCAGUCCCAGUUUUCAGUUCUUGCCUUUCAAGAUUAUCUGUUAUGACAGUUAUGCUAGUAACGACAUGCCUUACUUCCCUGGUCAUAAUCCUCUGUUGGCACAAGCCUCCCAUUGUUGCCCUGAGCUUUCUGCUUUUCUUUGGUUCAAUUGAGUUGCUUUACUUCUCAGCUUCACUCACUAAGUUCCGAGAAGGUGCCUGGCUUCCCAUCCUCCUCGCCCUCUUCCUCAUGACUAUAAUGUUUGUUUGGCACUAUGCCACCAUCAAGAAGUAUGAAUUUGACCUCCACAACAAAGUAUCACUAGAGUGGCUUUUGGCUUUGGGUCCAAGCUUGGGAAUAGCUCGAGUCCCUGGCAUUGGCUUAGUUUUUACAGAUCUCACCUCUGGCAUCCCUGCUAACUUCUCCCGCUUUGUCACCAACCUCCCUGCAUUCCAUCGCAUCCUUGUCUUCGUGUGUGUGAAAUCUGUGCCAGUUCCUUAUGUCCCUCCUGCUGAGAGGUACCUUGUCGGCCGUGUUGGUCCUGCAGCUCACAGGUCCUACAGGUGCAUUGUCCGGUAUGGAUACCGUGAUGUACACCAGGAUGUUAAUUCUUUUGAAGCUGAACUGGUGGACAGGCUGGCUGAUUUUAUCCGGUAUAACUGGUAUCGAACUCAUGGGACUAAUUCAUGCACCGAGGAUGAUGCUUCACAAUCUAAUGAAUCUUCAAGUGAGUGUAGAUUGGCUGUGAUAGGCACUGUGUCAUUCUCUGGCCAUCCAGCUUAUGAGAUUGAGGAGAGUGUGCAUCCAGAAAGUGUAUCAAUUGGAUUCUCAACAGUAGAAAGUAUGGGAGAUGUCAUUGAGAUGGAACCUGUUGGUGUUGUCCAAAAGAGAGUGAGAUUCGCCAUCAGCAACGAAUCUGAAACUGAUGCAAAAUCUGAGGUGGAUUUGCAGAUGCAGGAAGAGCUAGAAGAUUUAAUAGCAGCUCAGGAAGCUGGGACUGCAUUCAUUCUUGGGCACUCACAUGUUAGAGCCAAACACGGAUCUUCUCUCCUGAAAAGAUUAGCAAUCAACUUCGGAUAUAAUUUCUUAAGGAGAAACUGCCGGGGGGCAGAUGUAGCUCUCAAGGUACCACCAGUGUCUCUCCUAGAGGUCGGCAUGGUUUAUGUCGUGUAAGCUUUUAAUGUAAGUAGUUAGCAGAAAAACUGAAAAGAAAUGUAUGAUAAAGUAAGAUAGUAGAUAAUGAAGGGUUAUAAUAGGAAUGAAUCGCCACGUAUAAUUUCGUAGUGUACAAAAUAUGAGUAAUAUCAAUAAAUCUAAAUGCAACUCAAAGCAUGAAAUGUAUGAGAUUAGAGCAAA